AUGGACCACCGGAGGCCGGCGAGGAGGAGAAGCGAUCCUCACCUCCGGGGCGCAAUGCACGGUGCCGUCGAGCAGCAAAAGCAGCACCGCGGCCGGCCGCAGGGAACGGUGACGAGCCGCGGGCAGCAGGCGGUGCCGGUGCCGCCCACGCCGCCGGGCUACUUCACGGCGGAGCUGGUGCUGGCGUUCCUGUUCGUGGCCGUGUCGCUGGCGUUCCUCCCGCUCGUGCUGCCGCCGCUGUCGCCGCCGCCGUUCCUGCUGCUGCUGGUGCCCGUGGGCCUGCUGGCCGUGCUCCUCGCGCUCGCGUUCGUGCCGCUCGACGCGCACAGCCACUUCGCCGUCGGCUCCUCCCGCUGA